UUUUUGUAUUUUCUUUUUUUUUUCUCUUUUUUUAAAUUUAUUUAUUUAAAAUAUUCAUAAUUGCUAAAUAUUGUCACCUUAAAAAGUGUUAAUAAAGCUGCUUUAAAUUUUGUGUAAAUUAAAAAGUAAUUAACAUGGAUAAACUGCGCCGUGUAUUAAGCGGUGAUGAUCGCACACCCGAAGAAGAAAGCAGCAUAAUAACUCAGAUCAAUGAUAUGUCCACUUUAAGUUGGUCUACCCGUAUUAAAGGUUUUUGUAUAUGUUUCGUUUUGGGCAUAGUUUUAUCCUUAUUGGGUUCUAUAGCUCUAUUUUUACAUCGUGGCAUAGUGGUCUUUGCUGUCUUCUACACAUUGGGUAAUCUUAUCUCAAUGACCAGUACUUGUUUCCUAAUGGGUCCUUUUAAUCAAUUGAAAAAAAUGUUUUCUGAUACGCGUUUAAUUGCCACAUGCAUUGUUAUAUUUUCCCUUAUCAUGACUUUAAUUGCAGCCAUAGUGUUGCAUAAACCCGGUUUAACCUUAAUUUUUAUUAUUGUACAAUCAUUAGCUAUGACUUGGUAUUCUUUGUCAUACAUACCGUAUGCUAGAGAUGCUGUUAGGAAGACUGUUUCAUCAUGUUUGGAUGUUUAAGUUUCUUAUGUAUUUCUUUUUUGUAUCUUACUGUUACAAAUUUUCUUAAUUUUUUGCACAACUAAUACAAAUUUAUAUAAAAAACAUUAAUGCCAUUAUAACAUUUAGAAAAAAAAAAUAUUUUACAUUUAUAUCUAUCUACCUUUCAAAAGUAUUCCAUCUAUUUUUUUUUGGCUUGAAGUUCAAAUUGUUUCUUAAGUAUUUAAUUUUGUUAUAAAAUUUGUUUAGUAUUUUCUACAGAUACAUCUUUACAUCUUUAUAAAAAACCUUUAUCUUUACUUUAACAAUGAAAUUGUAUUUACAAUUUAGGCUUAAUUACCACACCCCAGAACACAUUAUUGCAUUAAUAUUAAUAUUGAAAUAUAAAAUAUUUUGUUAUAAGAAA